AGCCGUGGUGACGCUGCACCAGCAGCACCGCACCCUCCUCCUCCUCAUCGUCCCUCUUCAGCAGCGUCAGCCGCAGCAGUGGGGAUGAUGAGUGCGAUAACGAUGCGGCUGAUUCUGCUGUUCUCCGCUGUCACGGCAGUUUGCCAUGGGAUUCUCCCUGAAAUCAUCAACUCGGGAAUCAGUCACAUCCUGGAGGAACAUCCUUCAGCAGAAGAGACCGAGCUGGAGCGUAAGUUCGUAGACGUGGAGCAGCUGCAGGAGGAUCCGCAGAGGUCUGAGCCCGAACAUCCGCUUCUUCAUAAUGACAUGGUCAGUGUCAGUCCUGGUCCUGACCUUCUUCCUGAUCACUUCAAUGAAUCCAACUCUGAUAAAGUGACUGACAGUGGCCCCCACACCUCAUUGGAGCAGUAUCCCAUGUUUGUACAGGAGACCAACAACAUCACUUCAACAGCUGAUCAUGACAGUGACCUAGGAAAUUACAUUGAUUUGAAUGUGAAGCAGAGCUGCAUCACUGACGACGACUGUGGGAAAGACAGAUACUGCUUCAAUGCUGUGCACGGCUCUGAGUGCAUGUCCUGCAAAGCCAUAGAUGUGCCCUGCACUAAAGAUAAGGAAUGCUGUGGUGAUCAGCUGUGUGUAUGGGGUCAAUGCAGCCAAAAUGCAACCAAAGGAGAAGCAGGCAGCACCUGUGAGUACCAGUCUGAGUGCAGGCCAGAACUCUGCUGUGCUUACCAUCAAGCACUGCACUUCUCUGUCUGUUUGGCCAAACCCAUUGAGCGAGAGCGCUGCUUUGGAGCCUCCAACCACCUGAUGGAGCUGUUGAACUGGAACAUUAGGAAGAAUGAACCCAGGAAACAUUGCCCCUGUGCAGGGGAUCUGCACUGCCAGCACCUGGGGAGAGGGUCCAUGUGUCUGAGAGGAGAAGGCUCCAGUGAGGAGGAGCUGGAAGACACACUUUACUCAGAGAUCGACUAUAUCAUCUAGACAAAGCAGUUUGCUCCGAUUCUCUUUGCCUUGAAGCUGUAGUGCAUUCUGCUACUGACCCCAGAGCUGCACUUUGAAUAGUUACUGUUUAGCACUUUUAACUUUCCCCAAAUGAAUUUCAUAACCAUAAAGGAGUAAAACCAUGAAAAAUAAAUGACUAAGAACACUGUAUAACCUCUUACCUGCACUAGUUACUGUAGGUUGCAAGGUUUCUAGUUUAGAUUGAGGGGGGACUAUUGAACAUGAAACGAGGUUGUGUCAAUCAAAAAAAACAUAUUUCUAUUAAUAUUUUAACAGUAUCUUUAAAUAUAUACAGUAUAUCUACAGUAAUAUGUGAUUUAAGUAUUUAAGUAUUUGCUCACAUCUUUCCUUUUACACAUUAAAAGAAUCCCACGACACACCAGAAAAAGAAAAGUACAUGUGAUGAUUUUCUAGUUUAACUUUAUUCACCAUUUCCUUACUCAAUGGGAAAUCUUGGCCUGUUUAGUUGAACACAUAGCUGAAAUAUUUGCAGGAAUUGAAGAAAGAUAUACAAAGUUCUUUUUUUUCUUUUCUUCUUUGUUUUAGUUUCCACAGCCUUCUGCUGCCCACUAGUGAACAUGUGUUGAAUUGCUCUGCCUGUCACUGUCACAGAGACAAACGAAGGCAAAUUAUUACAGUAUUUUUAGACCAUAGAAGAUGAUCAGUGAAUGAAUUAGGUAAUGGAGGACUGUGCCUUUAAAUCCACUUUGAAUAUUAUUAUAAGAAAUAUUUAGUAACACCUGAAGCUAAAGGAGAAAGAAAAGGUGAGAUGCAAGUAAAAGGGUCAACUGCCUUCUGCUGAUUACUUUAUUACUUGGAUAUUCUGUUGCAAUACUUAAUAAAUACCUGACUCCUAACCAGAGGCCUAUAAAUGUCUAACACUGUGAUCCCUGGUGUCUUGGAUUCAUUCACUCUGCUUGUUAUCAUUAGAACAAUGGGUUACUGAAAACCCUCAUGUAAUUUGAUUUAAAAUCCUCUGUGGAUUCAAGGAGACUUAGACUUUGGUUUAAAGAUACUAAGGUUAAAAAAAGGCUUCCUGCACCUUUGACAUCACCUUGUUGGUAAAUUAAUAGUUUGUCAGUAAAAUAAAAGCAAAUGUGUAUCUGAAUUAUUAAAUGCUUUUAAAAUGGAUAAAUUGAAUUAGAAGUCUAGCAACGCAACAUGAACUCAUCACAUCUGAAUCGAAUUAUAAUGAUUUAUUAAAACAUCAACAGUAAAACUUGUGAAAAAAAUCUUUUAUUCAUUUCUAAAAUCUUUUAAACUAUUUUCCACACAUGAUUCAGAGAAAUUAAGAUCAAAAAAAGAAGAGUCUCUUCAGUUAUUGGCAUUUCUACAGUGAUUAGCUGGUGACAGCAUCAUGAUGCUGAGCUUCUGUCCUCAAAGCAGUCACUUAGGCAGACAAAAAGGGCACUUCAGCGCCCUCUAAUGUCCGUCGUUCAAGCAGCAACAGGUAGAUGCGCCAAAACACAAGCUCGUGACCUCUGCCAAAAAUCCAGAGGGCUUCCUCCCUCCUCACAAUACCAACACAUACAUACAGACAUGUGGCUGAUACCAGAAAAUGUACAGUCAGCUCACAUGAUGCAACAAAAUCAGACACAGGAAAA